AUGAAAUUAUUUACAAUUGCUUUGCUUGCCCCUCUUGCUUCAGCAGUUUGUAGCACAAGCCAACUCAGUUUGACGUUUAUGGUCAGCAACUUCUAUCCGUACGAGUACGAGACUGAGGAAUUUUGCCCGGUGGCCGGGAGCUGUGUGAACAUGGCUAGCGGCGCGGAUAGCUGGUCGCAGAAAGCCAACUGGGUACUCAUGAAGGCAAACACCUGUGUCCAAUUCUAUAAGGAUUACAACUGCCCGCAAAGUGGCGCGACUUGGGAGCCGCCUUGUCACGACGUGGACUGGGCCGUAGGCGUCCUUUCGGACUGGUCGAAUGGCGCGAUGAAGUCUUAUACGGUAUUUCAGAAGUGA